AUGGGCAACAUUCUCUCUACCCUAGCAGACCUAGCACAGGACGACCGGGGUCGCAAGUCUACACGCAAGCACUGCAGCUGCGACAAAUGCAGGCCCCGUUCGAGGUCCCGGCGGCGCCAAAAGUCGAGGGAGAAGAAGAAAAAACAGGCGCCUGAUAGCCUACUGAACGGCCUCCUCGUUUCUGCGGCCGAUUUUCUCAAGGCUGAGACUGAGCACGUCAAAGUGCGCACAGAGCAAAGGAAAAAGAACCGGAGGGAGGACAGGCAGCCUGAACCUGUCGUGGCUGCUCCUCCGCCUGCACCGGGACUGUCGCCAGUCUCCCAAGGGGUAUAUGUGCCUCCGCUUGCCACGGGAGCGUUGAGAGAUGUCCAUGCGAUGCCGCGCAACGACUUUGCAGGAGGCGCUGGGAAUGGUUCUAGAGUGAUGGACGGUCAUGGCACUCAGCAGACUUUCUACACGGCACGAGAAACGCAGCAGCAGCAGCAGCAGCAACAACCGCAGCAACAGCACUCGAUGAGAAGACGGCGAGGAGGGAGGCGACAUGAAGUGCCCCCUGAUACCGACGAAGAUUCCUCGAUGUUUGAAGGCGGAUGGCAAGCCAACCCGCGACCGCCGCCCAACAGGGUCCAUCAGACGCAGAGGCCGAUGCCUCCCAGAGAAGAGGGCACUGCGAGGUUUUUUGGUCCUGACCAGGAGUCGGCACGGAGGGAUUCGGUGUAG